CAUCAAAUCAGUCACAGGAUUCAAUCAUCUGUUACUGGUGGCCUUCAGCAGAGUUAAUGUUUAAUGCUCCUCAGUGCUCAGAUCCUGGUCAAUAAAAUAAUCUGAGUUUAAACCAGAGUACGUGAUGAGACCCUGAAUGUGACAAAAUGUGGCAAAAGACCUGUUUGACUUUUGCUCUCCUGGUGAUAAUGACCUCAGCUGAACACCAUGAGGGCCACAAUCACACAGAACAUUCAGCAGAUCAUCAUUUAGAAGAUCACACAGCUAAUAAUACUGACUUCGCCUUUGCCUUAUACGAGAAACUCUCCAACCAGGCUGAUGCCAAAGGCAAGAACAUCUUCUUCUCUCCACUGAGCAUUUCCAUGGCUCUGUCUAUGUUGGCUCUGGGAGCCAAGGGGGAGACCCACUCACAGAUCUUCAGCACUCUGGGCUACAGUUCAUUCACAGAAGAUCAGGUCAAUGAAGCCUACGAGCACCUGCUGCACAUGCUAGACCACAGCCAGGAGGCCAUGCUGCUGGAGACAGGAGGUGGUCUGGCUGUCAGAGACGGCUUCAAACCUGCCGAUAAGUUUUUGAAGGAUCUUCAGCACUUCUACCAUGCAGAAGCCUUUACUGUGGACUUUUCCAAACCUGACAUUGCUGUCCAAGAGGUCAACAAGUUCAUUGCCAAGAAGACCAGGGACACCAUAACUGACAUGGUAAAGAGCCUGGAUCAAGAUACCAUCAUGGUGCUCAUCAACUACAUCUAUUUCAGAGGAAAAUGGCAGAAGCCUUUCCAAGAGGAUGCGACCCACAAAGCUGACUUCUAUGUGGAUAAGAACAAGAAAGUCACUGUGGACAUGAUGAAGUUAGUGAAUGAACAACACAAUGUCCACAUAACCAGAAGCGUCACCAUUGUCCAGUUGCCCUACAUUGGCAACGCCUCCAUGUUGAUCGUUCUUCCUGCUAAGGGAAAGAUGAAGGAAGUGGAGAAACAAAUAACGAGUGUUCAGCUCAGGAAGUGGCUGGACAAAUGCCGUGUAUGGUCUGUGGACCUUUACAUGCCCAAGUUCUCCAUCUCUGCCUCCGCCUCUCUCGGGGACAGUCUAAAGGAAAUGGGAAUUGUUGAUGCUUUCUCAGACAAGGCAGACUUCUCUGGCAUGAGCGAGGACACAGAACUGAAGGUGUCCAAUGUUCUCCACAAGGUAAUCCUCAACGUAGAUGAGAAAGGCACCGAAGCGGUUGGAAGCACCACUGUAGAGAUUAUAAAUAAGUCUAUGCCAUUAACCAUUAAAAUCAACAGACCCUUCCUGCUCUACAUCUGGGAGGAAUCACUUAAGAGCCUCGUCUUCAUGGGCAGGAUCGUCAACCCUGCUCUAUAAUACUGCACCUUCUAACGAACUAGCUUUAUUUUAUUUACAUAUAUCAGCUAAUGCAACAGGACUUUGCUUUUGCCAUAGAAUUAGCAUCCAAAGUAAAAUGAAAAAGAAAAAGAAAUGUUUAUGAUUCUUCUCUGCACAAAGCAAACAUUGGAAACAUUCUGUUGCUCAUGUGGUUUUAUUUGUUGUUGUGACUUUGCUUGAUUUUUUAUUUAAAAAAAAAUAUUCAGAACUGCUUGAUUGUCUGCUGAAGAGGUUGUUAAAAUGGUUGAUCUCUGGAUUGAUAGAGUGACCCCUAGUGGUGGUGAGUGGUAAAAUUCAGGGAUAUCAUUUGAAUAAAAAUAAUUUGUUUAA